AUGCUUGCGCGCUCGCAACUAUCCUCACAUACCGCCACUCCCACACCGCCUCCAGGACCGUCUCUUCUUCCUCGACCCGAGGGCGUUGCAAUCCGCGAAUACCUCGAGCAGUGGCAACAGCAGUUUGGUGGGCCGACCGAGGAAGUACUUUCGGCGUUUGAGAAUCAUCCCGAACGUGAAGACAUACAAAAUGGCCUGUCGAAGUUGUCGUCCGCGUUCAAGGCCGACGAAGACGCCAGAGAGAACGAGUGGGAUGCUGCUGAGGAAGACGAGGGCGAAGAAGUGAUUACGAUUGGGCUCUUCUUGAAGCCUGGCGACGUGGUGGAACUUUCACAACCGGGUCGUGAACCUGUGCUUGCUGUGUUCGUGCAGCAACUGAACAACGACAGUCAGUUCUUCUCCGCCAACGGCAGAUGGACGCAUUCGACCAUAAGUCGGGUUUCCUUUGCCAUCCAAGGUUGCAUCGACCCAGCACUUCUCCAGCCGCUCAUUCCAUUCCUACCCACUGAUCCCGGCGCGGCUAAUCCCAAGGGCGAGGUUCAUGUCCCGCGAGACUUUGCUGCUCCUGUGAUAGCGAGUCUUGAGAAUAUGACUGAAGAAGCCGAGAAGAUCUACCGAAAGAAUGCUCCAGUCUUGGACACAGCCUAUGAUAUCCUGGCAGACAAGACGAGGACACGUAUGAUGACACUGACACAGAUUGCGAAGUUCCUGCUCGCGCGGGGUUCCCCCGACUGGGUGCCACCACCAGCAGCGCUACUAGCAGUACGAAAGGCCUUGAACCACAACGAAUUCCGCUUCCGCUCCGAUGGUCGUAACCAUCGUCUGACAAACAUGUUCGCUAUACGACCCAAAACCGAUGUCGAGGUCGUAGAAACAGUUCACGAGUGGAUCCGAGAAUACAGAGAAUACCUUGCUCUUUCCGUCAAUAGCCCUUCGGAAGCCAAGCGAAGCCGCACUGACGGCGCCACUCAUAUCAUAGAUUUCCUGGCAAAGGCCGGCAGGCUCAUUUCAGCGAGUCGAAAGUUACGUGAGCCAACCUACGGCGGCCUUGGACCUAGUAAGACUCCAGCGACACAGAACGGGUCCUCUAAUCUGCACAUCACUUGGGGGGAGCCGUUCACAAGCGCUGACAAGCAGAUCAUCAACUUCCUACAAGCAUGGGUACUGACCGGUCAGUUUACGGGUAUGGCUGGCCUCCAUGCUGCUUGUGCGAGCUUGAUCUCAGCGUCAGGCUUCUAUGGUUCGGACGUCUUUGGCGAUACCGGAUCUCCCGACGAUACCCUAAGCAACAUCAAACGUGCUACUGGAUUAUUGUUUUUACAAGAAAUUGGCGUCAUUUCACCACACGACAAUCGAGCGAUCUAUGACGAGCAGCUGAUGCUGCCCACUGUCCGUCUGUCCCGUAAUCUGGAGUUACUCAACACUAAAGCGGAGCUGACAAGAAGGAAUCCUGACUUCCGGGAUUCAAUGGCCAACCUACGUCGCGACUGGGGCUCGACCACCGUGUAUUGCAUUGACGAUGUCGGCGCACAGGAGAUCGAUGAUGGCAUAUCGAUUGAACGGGUCAAAGACGCAAGCUCCGAGUUCUGGAUCCACGUACACGUCGCGAAUCCAACAGCAUUCUUCGAUAAGACCCACACCCUUUCUGGACUCGCCGCGCACAUGACCGAGUCUGUCUAUACACCGGAGCGAUCUUUCCCGAUGCUUCCGACUUGGGCUAGUCAAGGCCACUUUAGUCUUGAUCGUGGCCGCCCUGUUAUAACCUUUAGUACUCGCAUCGACGGAGCCGGCAGUAAGCUAGAAACAAAGAUACAGCACGGCUUCAUUCAAAAUAUCGUCAGUAUCACACCAUCCGAGUUGGCUACUCUCAUGGGUGAUCAGAGUACUACGAACACCCGAAGGAUUGUUGUCGGUGGAGAGGUGCCGCGUAGAUCGGAGCGGCCGCCGCCGAGUGUUUCUCCAAGUCAACUCGAAGAACUGCGUGAUCUUUAUACUGCAGCUCAAGCCCUAUGGGCUGCUCGCAAGGCUGCUGGUGGCGUCCGAUUUGGUAGUUCGAACGUCAACGCCCGUGUUUUUGAAAGCGCCACCCAGGGAGGUCUAAGUUGGAACGCUCCCUCUCUGGACAGGGCACGAUACAUACAAGGAGACCCGAUCAUCGAGGUGACGAACUCGAUACCAGAAGGCUUCAUGCAGCUCACCAUCGGGCCCAAGAACAUCGUUGAGGAAAUGAUGAUGCUUGCGGGUCAAACUGCGGCGGCUUGGUGCACGGAGAGGCAUAUCCCCGUCAUGUACAGAGGCACUAUCGAACCACCUAGCGGGGAUCUGGAUCCAAAAGAGCUACAAAAGCUUGUCCAAGCUCACUACGAAGAGCAUGGAAAAGUACGACUCGAUCUCACUGCGCGGUGGAUUAAAGCACUUGGCAUGGCUGUUGCACAUUCUUCACCCUUGCCACAUAAAAUCAUAGGAGUCCCUGGUUAUAUCAAGGUCACCAGCCCUCUUCGUCGAUUUUCUGAUAUGAUUGCACAUUGGCAAAUCGAAGCCGCUGUGCGAUGGGAGGCACAGUCCGGUAGGAAGUUCGAUGGGACCCAGGCUUCCAUGUAUAAAGCUCUUCCAUUCUCGCAACGACAAAUGCAGGAAUCUAUUGUAACUCUAUCACCUCGGGAACGAAUUAUUACUCUAGCCAAGCGUCACUCAACGCGAUUUUGGGUCGCUCAGGCGAUUCACCGUGCCCUCAAAUACAAAGAGGCUGCCCUUCCCGAUUCCUUCAAGUUCUGGGCUCGUCGCGUUCGCCCAGGCCGUUACGCCCUUGGCGAUAUACCUGAGUACGGUCUCCAAGCUAUCCUGAGCGGUGACUAUAAAGAAGGUGAUGAGUGGGAAGUAGCGCUAGAUAGGGUCGACCUGUUCACGCGGUUGAUCUAUGUCAAGCCGAUUCGCCUCCUUGAUCGAGUCACUGAUGCGCUUUGA